AUGGCCCUUUCAGACCUUGGGAUCAGCACUGGAGGACUCUCUCCUGGCCCGGCCGUCACGAUAGUCGAAUGCUUCCUGACAGUGGCAUUCUACAAUGUUAUCGAGCUGAACGUCAUCAUCUACAGUUCCUUUCGACGGCGGACGGGCCUCUACUUCUGGAGCUUCGUGGUAGCGACGUGGGGGAUUGCCAUUUACUCGGUUGGUUUCCUAACCAAAGACCUCAGCGUCAUUCGAAAUGGGUUCGUGUACGGCACAUUCAUCGUCGUCGGCUGGACGUGCAUGGUGACAGGGCAGUCCAUGGUGCUUUUCAGCAGGAUGCAUCUGCUGGUGCGGGAUAAGAGGAUACUACGAACCACGUUGGCCUUCAUCGUCGUCGACGCCAUCAUCGGGCACGUCCCUACCUCGAUUGUGCUCUAUGGAUCAAACUCGCCGCAUCCGGAUCGAUGGCUAGAGCCUUACGCUAUCAUGGAGCGAAUCCAUGUCACUAUCUUCUUCCUGCAAGAGCUCGCCAUUUCUUCGAUAUAUAUCGUCGCCACUAUGAAACUUCUCAGAGACAAAUCAGGGCCAUCUUCCAUGAAGAACUCCCGCUCCGCAAGACGUUUCCUCACACACCUUAUCAAGAUCAACAUUAUGGUCGUUGUCUUGGACAUCACGAUAUUGGCUUUGGAAUACGCGGGACUAUACGUUAUACAAACGGCGUACAAGGGCAUGGUCUACAGCGUCAAGCUGAAGUUGGAGUUCAGCAUACUCAAUGCGCUUGUGGAGAUGACCCGGGCGCACAGGAAUGCACGCCAUGGCGUUCCAGCUGGAGGAGGAAUCAUCGAGUGCGGCAAUGGCAGCAAUGCCAACACACUGGGAAAAGGCAGCGGAGGGAUUAGUGCCUACGCACAGCUGACCCAAACUGUCGAUCACGACGGGAGGAUCAGGUACACGGAUGAUCAGAACAAGAUGGGCUGCAGUCCCUACGUGACGGGAAACGGGAUUGACAAGCCUGGUGCGGUCCACCAGCGGGGAAGCCGUGAAGGCGCUGAGACCAGUGGCGAGUUUGGUGACAGCAUGCCCGUGACGAGUCAGUUCGUGAUACAACGGCACCGGCGAGAGGAGUGGGAGGACAAAAGCGACUUGGAGGAGCUUGUCCUUGGUAAUGAUAUCCUGCGGUAA